AUGGAAGUCGGAAGAGACUCCAACGCCGUCAGCGGCGGCCGCUUUCUGGAGGGUGAUUUACCGGAGUGGUUCUUAUUCGAGUUGUUACACAGACUUCCGGUUAAAGACGUGUUGAGGUUCCAGAGCGUCUCAAAACAAUGGAGGUCUUUGAUCUCCGAACACUCCUUUCCCGAUUCGUAUAUCUCCCGACUACCCUUCUCCGAACGUCGCCCAUUCAUCUUUCAUCCGUCCAAAAACCAAGUAAUCGAUGGAGAUGAUGGAAUCAGGUCAAAAUAUCCAGAGGGUCAUUUUCUUACUCUACCGACUCCAAAGAUCAAAGCCUCAAAAUCAAGAGGUCCAGGGUAUUAUUUCCGUACUCUGGGAAUUGACAAGGGAUUUCUUCUUGUCUGCUGGUUGGUUACUGUAAGCGGGGAACUAUCUGACUAUACGAUAUACAGUGGCGGAUUUCACAUCUGUAGUGGCACCACUCAUCAGCGGCUCAGCCUCCCUCCCCUGCCUCCGGACUCUUCUUUCACCAAAGAAGGUGUUUGCUUUAUUGCCCAAGUGAACGAAUCUCGAAAGGUUUUGACCAGUUUUAAAGUGAUUGUGCUUGAUUCUAUACCUCUAAAUGGUUGUUUUGUGGUGAAUAUAUUUUCUUCAGAAACAGGGAGAUGGGAGCUCAUCAGAGUACCGUUUCAAGGUCCAACAACGCUGAUCCUCCAUUCCCGGAGGCCUGUUGUUCUAAACAACACUAUUUAUUGGGUCACUAAUGAACGAUUGAAUCAUGGCUCGUCCUUGGGCAAUGUUCAGAGUAAAAUUCUAGCCUAUGAUCCUCAUGUCGACCCUGAUCAUUUUCGCAUUAUUGAAUUCCCAAUAGACUAUGAACAUCCAAAUCCCCCCAACGCAUCUAAUGAGUGGUUGUUUUUUGAUUCCAAAUGCGGCGUUUGUCAAGGACGACUCAAGUAUUUCAAGAAGAAUGAAGAAAAGGGUAGGGAGAAGACAUGGUUGAAAGUAUGGGAACUCCAAGAUGACGGCAACAGUUGGUGCCUUCAACACACUAUCAAAUUUGACGAUGUUGUAGACGGUGAUGGUCGUAUUCAGUCUCCCAUAAGAAUCUGGAAGGUCGUAUCAUGUCAUCCAUCCGAUCCAAAUGUGAUGUAUUUGGAUUUGGGGCGGGAAAUGGGAAUGGUGUCGUUCAACAUAUUGACUAAGAAGUUUGAACAAGUUGGUCCACACAUCUUUUUCGAUGAUUUGUUCGUUGUGGAGAUUCCACCUUGGCCCUUCUCCAUUCCACCUUCUCUUAUGUCUGUUGGAGAUCAUGAGUGA